AUGCCAAACCUACUUAACGUUUCACUUCCUAAUAGUAUAGAAGAAUUCGACGAUAAUAUCUUUAAAGAAUCUCCAACAGCAAUGCCGCACUUCAAUAUUCCACCUAAUGUUAUUAAAAUAUAUGAAGGAAAUCCAUUUGACUUUGCAUGUAUCGAAAACUUUGAUGUUGACUCUAGAAAUUCUUUAUUAAGUUCCGAAAAUGGUAUUUUGUACUCAAAAAACAAGAAAACAUUGAUUUCAUUCCCCAUAUGCCGUGAAGUAUCCUCGUUUACAGUCCCAGAUUUUGUUGAAAAUCUUUAUUUUGGAGCAUUUAAUAGAGCUAGAUACCUCGAAAAAAUUAUUUUCCCUACUUCAAUUACGAGUAUGGGUGAACAAUUCUGUUAUGGAAAUGGGAUAGUUUUGAAACAAAUUUUUGUAUAUAGAAAUAUAAAUCAGAAGAAGCCUUAUAUUGGGGAAAAUUCUUUCGGAGAAACUUCAUUCCAACAGAAGGAUAUAAUUUAUAUUUAUCCAUCAAAAGUUCACAAACCAAAAGAAAUAUUAUCAUGCAGUUUUAUAAUUUGGCUUGCAAACGAGUUCACUUAA